CCUAAAAAAACGCACGAAACAGUGUGCGGUCGUUUCUCUUAUUUGCCAUUCUGCUGGGUUGGGGUAAGACCCACCGUCAAACACACCAAACACGGAAACGUUGCUGCUGAGUCACCCCGUAGGCACCGACAAUCGUCCCUGGAAGAUGCGUGCGUUGGGCAUCGCUCAGCCGAACAACCACCAUCAAACGACGGUGACCGGGGGCACCUCCACCAGCACCACCACCACCACCAGCGCCAAUGCCGGCAGCAGCGGAAACGGCGGCACCGGCGGUGGCAGCACCAACGCCACCAGCGGCACGCUCGGACCGACCGGACCGGCCGGAAGUGCGGCAGGCAUCAACGGUAAGAACGGCAACGGCGAUGGGCUCGGGCACGGACACCACGGCACCACCCUGAUCACGCUGCCCCGGGCCAUACCCGCCGGGGGCGACGGGGCCCUCCAGAGGCAGGUGGCGCAGCUGCGCGGCGGCGUCAGCGAUACCGCCGCCCAGGACACGAUCUACCUGUGCAACUUCCGCGUCACCGUCGACGGCGAGUGGCUCUGCCUCAAGGAGCUGCAAGAUCUCGAUAUCAAAGACGCCCAGAACGGUGGUGGAGGCGGCGGCGGCGCCGGUGGUGGUGCCGAUGCGAUGGGCGGCGUCGGCGGCGGUGGAGCAGCCGGUGAUUGCAGCGCACUCAAUAAUUUCGGUAUAAUUGAGAACGUAAAAUGCGAAGAGAAGAUUAUCGAGCGCGAUUGGGUUAACUACUACUCCCGCGAUCCAGCGUCGAUCGAACGGAGCAAUCUGGUGAAGAUCUGCAAACUCGUUGUGAAGGAGCUGCUGGAGCAGUCGCUCCGGUUUGGGCGGAUGCUCGAUUCGGACCAUCUGCCACUGCAGCAUUUCUUCAUCGUGCUCGAGCACGUCCUACGACAUGGUUUGAAGCCGAAGAAGGGUCUCCUUGGCCCGAAGAAGGAACUGUGGGACAUUCUACAGAGCGUCGAGCGGUACUGCGUGGAGGCGUUCGAUAUCACAUCCUCGGUGCGCGACCUACCGACCGUUCGGACGCAUAUGGGCCGCGCCCGAGCAUGGCUGCGACUCGCUCUGAUGCAGAAGAAGCUCGCCGACUACCUUCAGGUGUUGGUCGAGCACCGGGAUGACUCGCUGGUGGAGUACUACGAACCGCACGCGCUCAUGCUCAGUGAUGAGAUCAUCAUCAUCGUAGGCAUUCUGGUGGGGCUGAACGUUAUCGACUGCAAUCUGUGUGUGAAGGAAGAGGAUCUUGACUCACAGCAGGGUGUGAUCGAUUUUUCGCUGUACCUUCGCUCGAGCUCACGCAACAGUCCGGACGAGGAGAACAACGGUGGUAUUGCGGGUGGAGUGGAUGCCAGUGCCACCGGCGCCAUGACGGCCGUGCUUGACCAGAAGAACUACAUCGAGGAGUUGAACCGACAUCUGAACGCCACCGUCGGCAACCUGCAGGCCAAGGUGGAAUCCCUCACAACAACCAACGCACUGAUGAAGGAAGAUCUGGCAAUCGCUCGGAAUAGUCUGAUGGCGCUGCAGGCAGAAAAUGCCGCGCUCCGGCGGGCAUCCCAACACGGACACCCGAUCGAGGACAAAACGAACGUGCUGGAUCGGUUCGAUCCGGAGAUGGCGGAAACGCUCGCCGAAGAGCGCAAGAAGCGGCAGGAGAUUGAGAAGGAGUUGGAUCUACAAGUAUCGCUAAAAGCAGAAACAGAAAUGGCCAUGAAGUUGCUGGAGAAAGACAUACACGAAAAGCAGGACACGAUUGUAUCGCUGCGCCGCCAGCUGGAGGACAUCAAGUCGAUAAACCUCGACAUGUACCGUAAGCUGCAGGAGUGCGAGGCGUCGUUGAAGCACAAAACUGAGCUAAUGUCACGGAUGGAGACGCAGCGUGAAUCGAUGGCGAGUGCGAUAUCGCAGCUGGAAAAAAAAUAUAGCUCAGAAACCGCCAGCCUGAAUGCGCUGCAAGACUCGUCGCAAGCCUUGUCCCUGCAAGUGGUCGCCAGCGAGCAGAGGGCGGCCAGGGCCGAGGCCGAUUUACGCAUCGAACGCGAGUGGCGCACGGCAAUGCAGGACAAGGAAAUGCAACACAAGGAGAUCAUCAGCGAGCUACAGUUGCAGGUGAAGCAGCUAACCGAUGAUUCAAAGCAACUUGGAAAAGCAAACGUCGAGCUGGAGAAACUACGCAGCCAAUGGGCGGAAGAUCAACGCACGCUGGAAGAGCUUGGUGUUCAAUUGAGCGUUAGUAAGCUUCAAAUUUCCGAGCUGAAGGAAAAGGCGAACGUUAACCAUCAUUCUCCCGACGGUACGAAAGACAACGAUCCUGGCGGUGGUGCGUGGACACCGGACAAGGGCGUUUCGAAGUGCACCGGGUGUGAGAAGGAGUUCAGUAUCACCCGUCGGAAACACCACUGCCGGAAUUGUGGCAAAAUAUUUUGCGCCAGCUGCUCCGAGCACGUGUCCACCCUACCGCCGAGUAGCGAGCGGCCAGAGACGAAUGGAGGAGGUAGUAAACCGGUGCGCGUUUGUGACCACUGUUGGGAAAAGCUAGCUACGAAGUGAGCGCGUGUGUUGUUUCUGAACUGCCGAAGCGUGCAGUAUGUUUUGCAAUGGUUUUUAAUGGUGGUAUCAAUCCGAUUCCAAUCACUCAACAAGCUACCCGGAAUGCCUUAUAAUGAGAAAAAUGGUGUUGUGUAUGGAAGCAGAAGUUAUGAUACACUAGACAAAUGUUUUAUAUAUAAAUCUGGAAAUGUUCGGUAGAAUAUUUAUUUUAAUAAACAUAAGUAUGUGUAAGCUU